UAUAUAAUAAUAAUAAGCGAGAGAAUUAAAAUAAAUAAUAAAUAAUAUUUAUAAAAUAAAUAAUUAAAAAGAAUAAGAAUAAGAAAAAAAAGAAAAAUAUAUAUAAAUAUGCAGCAGCACCGAGUUGAUGCACAAAUUCUUUACGAAGAGCAAAUUUUGGAAGCUAUCGAUCAGUUAAGACGACGAAAAGCGCGACCGGAUGCUGAUCGCAUAUGCAAUUACUUGCUGAGAAAAUUUUGUGUCGACGCACGGGACACCAUCGCCGACUUGCACCGUCUGAUAGAGGCUGAGAAGGUCAUCCAGGUGGACUACAAGGGCAACACCUCGUACCGCAAUGCGUCCAAGUGGUCAAGGCUUCAACUCUACAAGAACCGCCCCGAGGGAUUUGUGAAGGACAAACUGAACUCCGCCGUGGUCGCCGGCGCGGUCGCCGAGCUGGUGAUCGAGGAGCCGGACUACCUGGACCAGGGGGUCCCAGCACUCAGACUGAUCGAGCAGCUGCUGGACGGCAUCUCCAACCCGACCUCCCGGAAGAUGGUCGAGGACUUCCUCAACAAGGAAGUAGCCAACGGCAACAUAAUCAGGUCAGCGAAUGGUAAUUAUUCGCUAGUCGCCACUAGUGACACCAGCAACACGACAUUGAGUUCGACCAUUUCUUCGUCGUCCUCUCCGUCGACCCCGUCGCCAAAGUCCAACAAUUUCAACCAUAAUUUGGAGAAUGAAAUGAUGAUUAACUGCGCCAACAAACGAUACGCACGUGACAGUACCAAUGGUAUUCCCUCAGACAAUAAUUCUAAUUCUAAUUGUAUUGUCAGUGCCGGUGCUAAUGCUAAUGACUCGACGAUAACUUCCGCAGAAGUGUUUAAUUAUGAUAACAACAGUUUAUUGAUUACUGAUUCACGGUCGAGUACACCGAAAAUAAACAGCCCGCGACCUACUGUUGGUAGCAACAACAUCAAUUCCACUGGUAAUAACAACGGCAAUGGUAUUGCUGCAAGCAAACGUGAUCAGCAAUGUUUUGAAGUCGCGGUUGCUGUGAAGGAACCGAAUUCUCCAGAAGAAUCAGUGACUAAGGAUGACCUGGUACUGCGGUGCGAAGACAGUAAUCAAAUGUCGAUACCAAUUAUUACACAGAAAAAAGAACCUAAAAAUGAUUCGGUUAAUACUUCUAACCUUAAACGCACAUCUAAGUCGGAACGUAAGCAACGUUUGAUGGUUAGAGCUGAUGAUUCCAUGGAUAUUGAGAUAAAGUUUGAUGAAAUAAAGUAUGAGAGGACGGAGAGCAAGUUUUUCAAUGAUAGUAAAGUUGAUAAGCUGAAGGAGAAGGAGAAGGAGAAAGAGAAAGAGAAGGAAAAAGAAAAAGAAAAGGAGAAAGAGAAGGAAAAAGAAAAAGAGAAGGAGAAGGAAAAGGAGAAAGAGAAAGAGAAAGACAAGGAUAAGGAUGACAGUGGUGCCUUGAGCGAAGAGAAAGAGGACGAGGAAGCUGAGGCCGAAAGAAGUUCUGCAAAUCCUUCGCCCACUUUAUCUAAUCCUGUUGGGGGAUUCCGCAGCGCGAGACGGAAGAGAGCCAAGAAAGUCUUUGACCCAUCGGACAACAACGUGGUGAAGCGUAAGCGAGGAAGACAGUCGGCUACAAGUAUAAAAGCCGCUUUGCAAGCUAUCACCCAGGAUUCACAGGACUCAACUUCUGCAAAGUCGAAUGCCAAAGAGACUCCUGGUAGAAAAUGCAGUCUCUGUUAUAAAGACAAGUCUGAAAAUCUUGUUCCUUGUCGUGAUUGUACUGUCAGAGCACAUCCGAGUUGCAUUUAUUCUCCCGAUGACUUGGUACUUAAAUCCGGUAGCAGUUGGCAGUGCGAACGCUGCAAAAGUUGUACAGUCUGUUGCGAAACGUCUGACGUCGGACCUCUGAUAACAUGCCACUCAUGUGACGACGCGUAUCAUCACUCGUGUCACAUCCCGCGAGUUACAAAGUCAAAUUCCAAAUGGCAGUGCUGCGAGUGCAACCAGAAGCACCAGUCCGGCAAGCAGCCAGCCAAUGCUACUCCGGUAUCAGUAUCAGCACCAACAGCUCCCUUACCAGCACCAACACCAACACCAGCUCCAGGUCCAGUUAUAAUCACCAUCGCCUCAACAACAGCAGCUUCAAUCCCAACGGCCACCGCAGCCCCCAGAUCAGAAUCUCCCCCGCAAACUCCGAUUUUACCUCCAGUAUUGAGUCCACAGGUUUCACCAUCUAGAGAGUCUUUGGAUCACACAGAAGAUGAAACAACACCACGUGAUUCUGUUAUUGAUCCAAAUAUACCAGAUGCUUCUGAUUGGACUUCCGAACAAGUUUAUCAGUAUUUCGCUCGUCUUUUUCCUAAAGAAGCUGAAGUUUUUCGUGUUCAGGACAUCGACGGCCACUCCUUACUACUAAUGAAAAGAUCCGACGUAUUGAUCGGACUAGAUCUUCUUCUGGGACCAGCUCUCAAGAUCUACCGUCACGUUUUAAAAUUACAAUUGCGCCGUGACGAGACACGUUUCUAUUGGUUGUAACGACAAUUUGUCACCUGCUCGUUUUAGAUAUUCUGCUCAACAAUAAUUAAUAUCAUUAUCAUUAUUGUUACUGUUAAUUUUAAAUCUAAGUCUUAAUAAUUAAUUGUAAAACCUUUUUUAUGCAUCAUCCGUUUGUAUAUAACCGUUACUUUAAUCGAAAUAUAUUCCAUUUUAUAAUAAAAAC